UUCUUACUGCUAUCUUAUGAAUUGUCUAUUGUUCCCAUGGAGAAGUUAAAACGAAGUGGGAUGUACUUCGGCGCCAUUUUCAAACGACUUUGCCGCGGACAGAAAGCCAGCUAGCUGGUAUAGUUUAGCUUGAUCAGGAUAAGCCGAAUUACAGCUGUGCGUUUAUGGAAAAUCCAUACACUGCCACUGAUCAAAAAAAGAACACCACUGCAAACGUUUAACAUCACACGUGCCCACAGUGUCGUGAAGGAGUCGAACAUUAUUUUCAACGUUGUUUAUUUCAAUAACAAACGUAGCUAAUGUUAACAGUCACAGCUGACUAGCUAACUGUUAGCUAGGAAGUUAACAAGCUAGAUCUGAGCUACUACUGUCUGACUGUAAAAAGGUUACUUGCUAGCUAACUUAUCUAGCUAGUUUUCCGGACCGUGGAUUCACCUCUGUGCAAUGAGCACUAAUGCAGAAAGGAAGUUUAUCAACCUUCGGAAACGUCUGGAUCAGUUGGGAUAUAGACAACCAUUAGGAAUCGAGACCCUGCCAUUGGUGGAGAAGUUGUUCAGUGACCUGGUCCACACCACUGAAAGUCUGCGCAAUGCCAAGCUCAAUGCAGGGAAGACCGAGAAGGAGAGCCGCAAUCUGGAUGCCUUCCUGGAGCCAUACAAGACCGAGAAUGCCCGGCUUGUCCGGGAGAACAACGAGCUGCAUCUUGGACUUCUCAAACUUAGGGAAGACAAGGACCGAGUCAGCAGAGAGCUCAAGGCCUACAUCAGAAAGCUGGACCAUGACACUUCAGACCUGAAAUUCCUAAACAACCAGUAUGUCCACAAAGUCCGCUCCCUGGAGAAGGAGAGCAAGGCCAAGACUGAGCGUAUUCACCAGCUACAGGAGAAGAACAUGCAGGCUGUGGUGCAGACACCAGGAGGGAAAAAGCACAGCAUUCCGUUCAGACGGCAGCGGAUGCAGAUUGAUGAGCUCAUCCCUCCGUCUUCGGGCCGUACUCAACCUGUGGCGCAGCCCGAUGACCCGUACAUUGCAGAUCUUCUUCAGGUGGCGGAUGACAGAAUCCAGGAGCUGCAGCAGGACAUAACCAAGCUGAAAUUAGACCUCGAACGAGCUCAGUGCAGUAUCAAACACCUGAACGCUCAGGUCGAAGAGCGAGACAGAGAGAUUGACCGUCUUAGUCGAGCUCUUGAUGGAGGACGUCCUCAAGAUGUCAUCUCCCUUGAAGCUCAGACCAUCAGCAAUGAGAAAUUGAUUGCUCACCUUAAUCUGCAGAUAGAGUACCUGCAGCAGACCAAUAGGACCCUGGAGCAGAAGGUUCAGGGACUGCAGCAGAGGAAGCAGGAUGCCUCCACCGAGGUGGCUGACCUGAGCGCCAAGAAUCAGGAGCUGUGUCAGGAGCUCAGCCAGAUCGACCACCUGGCCAGGCAGCUGGAGAAGGACAAGGACCUGGUGCUGGAGACUGCCGACCAGGAGCUACAGGAAGCCAAGAAAGAAAUACAGAGUCAACAAAGAGCCUUAGAGGACUUGGAAGACGUGAUCACAAAGUUAAGAAAGGACCAGGCCGAGGGAGAAUAUGAGAAGGACCGUUUGAGGGACCAGCUGGGGGAGCUCAGGGACCAGAACGAGAAGAUUGAGGGACUCAUGCACUUCCUGGAGGAAGAGAAAAAGAGGCUUCAAGCCAAACUAGACAAAAUGACUGAUGCCGAUAAAGAUAUGGUACUGGAGCUGGAGAGCAUGAGGUUUAAACACGGUGUGUGCGGGAAGGAUCGCUCGCCAUCUCGCCUAGACGCGUUUGUCAGGAGCUUGGAGGAAGAGAGGGAUUACCACCGACAAGAGGCUGAACGCUACCGCAGGCUCAGAGGACCCGGGGGCAUGGACCUCAGCCCCGCCCGCAGAAGCCCAGGCAGGGGCAGGAGCCCCAGAGGGAGAAUGGGUUCGCAGGGCAGGGGGGAGAGUUUGGAAUUGGAGCUCUCGCGGACAGCGAAGGAGAGAGAUGAGCUUCAGGCUGUGCUGCUGGGCUUUGAGAGACACAUGGAGGACAUCCAGAUCAACGUCAAGGCCCUAACUGCUGAGAGAGACCAGCUCAAUUUACAGUGCAAACAGGUUCAGGAAGAGCUGAGGCAGGCCCGUAUAGACUCAGAGGUGUCCAAUGAGGUGCUGAGGCUGAAGGACGACAGGGAACAGGCUCACGCUGAGCUACAGAGGAUCAGCUCCGAGAGAGACACUCUCCGAGAGAGACUGAAAGUGGCACAGACCUGUGCUCUGACGGACCGACAGGAAGAGGAGAGAAGGAUCCUGAAUCUGGAAGACACCAUCAAGACUUUGGAGAGGGAGCGACUGGACCUGCGGUCCCAGGUGUCAUUGCUGAAGGAGGGCAGGGCAGCUGCAGAGGAGGAGCUAAAGGCUCGGUCCACUGCCCUGGUCCAGACUGCAGAGGAGACGGCCCAGCAGAGAGCUGAAUCCAGUGCACUACGGCUGUUACAGGAUCAGAUGGAACAGUCCCUAUUCGACACGCAGCACAGGCUCUCAGCGAAGACCAAUGAGCUCCAUGCUGCCCACCUGCAGAUCGAGAAACUGGAGGAGAAAAUAGGUGAGUUGAGUCGCCAUGGCUCCGCCCACAGGGACGAGCUGGCCACGCUCCAGAAGACGGUCUGCAUCCUGGACCGGGAGAAGGACGCUCUCCAGGACGAUGUGGACCGGAAGACUGAGAGCAUGGCUGUGCUCCAGGACCAGCUGUCCGCCAAGGAAGAGACCCUGGAGGAGGUCAGACACACUGUCACAGACAUGGAGAAUUCGUUGGAUCAGCUGAAAGGGUCACUCAGCAGCCGUGAGAGGGAGAUAGCCAGUCUACGCAGACAGCUGGAUUCUGCCCAGGAGCAGCUGUCCGGAUUGGGGAGAGACCGAGAGAUCGCCCUGAGAGAGAACAGGCGACUACAGGAUGACCUAGCUACAAUGACUAGGGAGAACCAGGCUGUGCAUGCUGAGAUGGAAGAGGCCCUGCAUGAGAAAGAUGAGCUGAAGAUGAGAGUUCACUCGUAUAUCUCCGAAGUGGCCAGGAUAGAGAAUAUGAUGACUAUCAAGGAGCAGGAGAACAGGGAGAUGCUGGAACGGUUCCGGAUGGCCCACAGUGAGUCUGAGGACCGGGAGCUGAAGCUGCAACAUGCUGAAGACCUCAACAACUCCAUCCGCCUGGAGCUUCUCUCCUCAGACACUGAGAGACGCCACCUCCGGGAGACUGUCGGACACCAGGAGAGAGAGAUCCAGGAGCACAUGAGUGCCCUGCAGGCAUAUGAGGCCCAGGUGUCAUCCCUGGCCCGGGCCAUGUCCCGUCUGGAGGAGGAGCUGCAGGAGGUCCGGGGGGAGAAGACUGUCCUGUUGUCUGACCUGGCCUCUGUCAGGGAGCUCUGUGUCAAAUUGGACUCCAGCAAAGAGCUCAGCACCCGUCAACUCACCUCCAAGAGCAUGGAGCUAGAGAGAGUGACAGGGGAGUUGGAAGACCUGCGCUCUGAGGCGGAGCUCCUGAAGAAGCAGCUGGCCAGUGAGAGGCUGACUGUCCGUAACCUAGAGACUCUCCUGUCCUCCAAUCGUCAGAAGGAGUUCCACACCCAUCUGAACGCCAGCGAGAGGGAGUCGGAGCUGAAAGUCCUGAGGGACCGACUGGCUCUUGCUGACAGCAGAACGGCAGGACAUACUCGAGAGGUUUCCCAGCUCCGAGGCAAAGUCUCUCAGCUGCAGACAGAGAUGGACGUACUGAAGAGACAGCUGACCACAGAGCGCUUUGAACGGGAACGGGCCGUGCAGGAGAUGCGCAAACAAGGUGUUUCGUUCUCUUCCCUCCGAAGCUCCUCCCCCUUGAGCAGAUCUCUGAGUCCCCGCCCCCCGUCCCCGGAACACUCCAUCCUGCGAACUCCAGAGCGCUCUGCUGACAGGUCAUCAGAGAAAAGUGUGAGUUUUAAGGAGUAGAGGCGGAGAGGAACAAGGAAAGACAGGAGAAUUGAGCUGAAGUGAGUGAGAAACCUGCAGUUUCCACACCAACUACAUACACAACCUGACAUUAGUUUUGGGGUUCCAACAAAUCUGAAUGAUUUCUACAGGUGACACAAUUUACAUCAGAGGUGAAAUCAUGCCACCCUCUCAACACAGAUAAUUCCAAUGCCAGUAGUUUUUUAAGCAUUCAGUUGUCUUUUUCUCCUGAUUGUUUUUACAAAUUGAGAUUGUGGGAGUAUCAGUAUUAUCAAGAAGUAUGAUAGGAUGGUAGUACUGUACAGCUUUUACUUAUGACAUGCAGAAAUGCUAGCAUAAGAUACUGUGACCAAGAAUAUGGGCUUGAUUAGACCACUGAAAGGAGAAUAGUUGAUUUGUUCAGCUUUAUGUUCUGUGCUUUUUGUCCAUGUAUAACUUAUAGUAACUUAUUCAAUUAAAAUAAAGUUUUUUUACAAAA